GGCUCAGGCCCGAAGGCGGAGCCCGCUAAAUCUGCGAGGGCCGAGUUGAGGACUUCGCCCGACGGCCCGUACAGAUGUGGGCUGUGCUCGUCGGCACGAUCUACGAGAUGUUCGACAGCCUGCACCCGGUGUUUUGGCCCUUCCUUCCGUAUUGGCUAAUCAUAUUGACGGUCUUGUUGUUGUCGCCGCUCACAAUCAUUAUUCCGCAAAUUUUGUCUGGAACGCUUACAUGGCCCAGGCGGGAAGAUACACCCGAUGAGUGGACAAUACAUGGAAAGCGCUACAACUUGAAGUCUUUCUACGACCAGCAUCCAGGGGGCAGCUGGAACCUCCGCGCGGCAAAGAAUUCCGACUGCACUGGCUUGUUCGAGUCCUGCCACACCUUUAUCGAUCGCAAGGUCUUGCUCAGCAUGCUCGACAGGUUUGAGAUCAAGGAUGGCGUAGAGGCCAGCAAACCAGUGAUGGUGUACGCCGACCCGUUCUACGACGACCUGAAAAAGAUGGCCCGCGAUCACUUCAAGGGGCGGCCGCGGGGCUCGCACAAGAUGACGGCGCCCCACCUCGCGCUGAGCGCCUCGGCGCUCAUCUUUUACUGGUUCCUGAUAUAUAUGAACGUGGUGCACUGGCAGUCUUGGACGUGCGUGCUGCUGAUCGGUUUUCUGUCCUGGUACCUCACGGGCAACAUGAUGCACGACGGGUCGCACAACGCCCUGGUGUCCAAGCCAUGGCUGAACCGAGUCCUAUCGCACGCAGCUUUCCCAUACGGCGUCAAUGUCUCGGGCUGGACCAUCCAGCACGUCAUGUCUCACCACAUAUACCCCAACUUGGAGGACCACGACGUAGAUCUGUACCACUUCGACCCCGUUAUCGUCUUGAAGAAGGGCGUGGGGACGGUGCACAUAGCUCUUCACAUGAUCAGGGUCAUACUGAUCAUGUCUACGUCGGUGGCGCAUUUAGCUUUGGUGGUGCCAUACGGGCUGCUCACUGGGCACGUUGAUCCAAAGGACGGGCAUGCGGUGUACGACCGCGUCAAGAACAUCCAGAGCACCCGGGCCGAGCUGAGGCGGGAAACGCUGGCCGAGUUAGUGAUGAUGAUUAUGUUUUUCUCGUGGGUCGGCUACCACAACGGACUGUCCCUCGGCCUCUGCCAGCAGAUGUCCAUUCUGACCAUCUCGGGGCUUUUCUUCGCUUUCUUCACCCAGGUCUCCCACUUGCAGGAAGAGUGUCACGUGGACAAGGCGGAAGAUUGGGAUAAGCUCUCGUUUGCCAUGCGCCAGGUCAAGUGCUCCAUGGACUUCUCGCCAGACAGCGCCUUCUGGGGCCACGUCUCGGGGGGCCUCAACACGCAGGCGAUCCACCACUGCUUCCCCUCCAUCUCGGCCAUGCACCUGCGCGCGAUGUACCCCGCCUUUCGCGAGGUCUGCAAGAAGCACGGGGUGGAGCUCAAGGAGGCGCCGUCCCUGAGCAGCUUCCUGCUGGGAUUUGUCGCUUUCUCGAACUGAGGCGAAGGUCGGGAGGGGGGAAGUGUGCGCCGCCACCAGGCCUGCCUCGCGGGCUCCUUCUGGGCCAGAUCUGGUCCAGAGUGGACCCGCGAGGCAGUCUUGGUAUUUGUGUGUAUUUGCCCUCUCCGUGAAUGAGUGGGACCAAUUAUCCAGCCGCAGUACUGUUUAGGUAUCUCCUGGUCACCCGUUUGGUUUCAGUCGAGUUGGGAAAUUCAGACUGGCAUGUGCGCAGCGUAUACAUAAUCUUCUGCCGUGGGCUAUGCUGUUGCGCUGCCCAUCCAGUAUGCCGAUCUGUUCCCUUAGCGCUUCCUGUGCUCAGAACUUUGUGAUUACCGGCGGCGCCAGUCCUCGCUUUCUGUGCUUCUCCAGAAUAUCUGGAGGCGAUGCUCAUCCGACGCCCAGCCGUCUGGACACGUAGACGGAACAGCAUCACCUAUUUGGGCGCGCGAUGCCGCGUUGGUUUUCCCGUCCCAUCUCGGACCGCUCUGUAAAGCAGCUCCGGGGCCCUCCAAUGUAUGGAGGGAGUCGUUUUGUGUUGCUUUAUGUGCCGUUCAUUCGCUCGCAUAAUGUUAUCGCGCGUGGACGUCUUAAGCGUUUGUUGGAAGGCCCAUCUUGUAGACGACCGUGUGAG